AUGAUAGGUCAAGAAAAUACUAAAGAUAACAACUCUAAAGUAAGUAAUUUUUCAACGUUAGCUAACUAUUUAAAUACAGGGAAUGGCGUCAGUAAAACUAAACCUAUCCUUGAAUUUAAAAACUUUCAAGAUGCUAUUAAACAAUUUGACUUCAAUAAUAUUGAAGAAGAAGCCUUAGAUUGGGAUCUCCCUGUGCUUUCACCAGUAGCCAAUCAACCUGAUCAACUAGUAAUUGAUUUAACUCAAGAAGGAAUUGAAGAAGGUACAAAAGUAAAUAACGGUAAUGUAAGAAUAGAACCACUUGAUAAUUUACCAGAAUUAAAAUUUGAUAAUAAUGAUGAAAUUGAUCUAUUUCAAUACACUUAUUCAAAAGAACAAAAUGAUAAAGUACAAGCACAUUUAUGCCGAAAUUCAAUUUUAAAGACACCUACACAACAGAUUUCUAUGGAAAAUAAUGAUUGCAAUUCUCUCACAAAACAACAAUUAAAUUCUGUUGAAAUUAGAAGAGAGAAUACCUUUGAAGAAAACUUUGGCAAUAAUAUUAUAAAUUCUGGUCCAUAUAUUGAAAAUGUUUAUAAUAAUUCUUCUAACCUUAUCCAAUCAUUAAAUUCUGCACCACAAAGGCCUUCUUCUGAAAUACUAAAACAAAGAAUUUCGAGACGUAGAAGUCCUAAGAAAACUUUUAAUAAUUAUAAAUAUAAUAUUCAAGAUGAAGGUGAUUGUAUGAUUAUUGCACCAAAACCGAUAUAUUUAGAAACUCAAAGGAAAUUUAAUAAGAAUAUUUCCAUUGAACCAAUUUCACAAACUCCAAUAAUGAAUUUGAGAGAAGAAAAAAACCAUAAUUCUAGGGAGAUUGAGCAUAAACCAAUAUAUAACCAAGAUGCAUUUAAUAGCGUAUGCUUUACUCCCAGUAAUGCUAAUCAAUCAAAAAUUUCACCUCCAACAGGGAGUGGAAGAUCUGAUAUGAAUCUAAUUAGUGAAGAAAAUAUUGGUUUGGGUAUAGAUUUCAAUUCAAAUAUGAACCUAGAUCUAGAUUUGAAUAUAGAUUUAGAUAUGAAUGUGAAUAUGAAUAAUGACUUUUCUAAUAUACUGAAUGUUGAUGGAAUUGCAUUAGAUCAUUUUGAAAAUAAAAAUAAAUUACCCAGUCCAAUUCUUUCAAAUUUUAAAAACAAUGAAAUCCCAACACCAAAUUCUGCAACUAAUCCAUAUCAAAACCAAAUACAAAUGAAAAUACCAUCUCAAAACAGAGGUCAUGGUAGAAGUAUUCACAACAUCUUGGGGAACAAUUAUUAUAACAAAUCUUUGAAUAGAAAUCACGGAUUACACUCUAUCAAAGAACCUAAUAUUAAUACCAACGAGUCUAUCCCAAUUUUAAAUAGUAACAUUCAUUUUGGAUUAUUAACACCUGAGACAUGUGAGUUUCAAAAUCCUGCAUUUGGUAAAAUUUCUAGAAAUAGUAAUGAAUCAAUGCCAUUUAAUCUGGAUAAUUUAGCCAACGGACCUAUACUUGGUGUCAAUAAUGAAUCGUAUUCUGAUAUUAAACAACAAUCUUUGAAUGUUAAUUAUGAAAAUUUAAAGAAUAAUAUUUCUAGAAUUCAUGGUAUCAAUAAUGGGGACAUAUUAGCAAAUAUUCACACACCAAUUCAAUUGGAGAAUUCGAAAGAAUUACCCACACCUAAUACGGAGAAUAUUAAAAAGGAUUCCAACAUAUCCCAUUUUAAACGAGAAACUUCAAUUAUCAGUGAAAUUUCAAAUGAGGAUACUAGGACCAUUAUUGAAGAUAUCUCUCCUAAUAAAACUAAACGUUCUAAAUACUCUAGUACCAACAAUUUGAAACUUAAGCCUUCUAUUGAAAAGAAAAGACCGAAGAAGAAAACCAAGGAACAACGUUUGGGCAAAUCUACAAGCAUUGAGAUCGAUCGUACCACUACAAGCCAUGUCAACAAGAUUAUUCAAAAUGCAGCAUUAAUGAAAUCACUUGCAACAAAACAAAAGAGAGGGUAUUAUAGAUGCACUCAUUGUACUGAAACGUUUUCUAGUAUAUUUGAUUUUGGCCAACAUAUGGAUGAUAACAAGUUCACAAGACCAUACAAGUGUCCUAUUGAUUCUUGCCCAUGGAAGAUUUUGGGGUUGCCUGGUAGGUCUGAUUUACGUAGACAUUGCGGGAUCCAACAUUCUUACGACGAAAUCCCGGAAAGUAUUCGUAAGGAAUUGAACUUGAAAGAAAAGGAAUACCCAGUAUUAGUUUGCAACCAUAAAUAUUGCCAAAAAGUAUUCCAUAGAAGUGAUGCAUUUAACAGACAUACUGGCAUGGUUCAUUUGAACGAAAGUUCUAGGUUUAAUAAACGAUUAAACUUAUUGAUUGAAGAAUGUAGAUCGAAGAAGGAUAUGAGUCCAGAUGAACAGGAUGAGUAUAUUAGAAAAAAGAUGAACAAGAAGAAUACCCACAUUGAUUAA